AUGGUGGAGUGUAGAGUGAAACCUGGAGCAGAGCAGGGAAGAGUAGUUAGGGUUUUUCUGGCGACAGGAAAUCCAGCAAAAAUUUACAAGAUCAGUGAAUACAGGAUCAUCGGGCUUCUUUUUGGUGUCAGCACAACCUCUGUGUGCCGCUGUGUUCAGGACUUCUGUAAGGCUGUCUGUAAAAUCUUGCUUGCCGAGGUUAUUGCUUUUCCAACUCUGAAAAAGCUACAGGAAAUGGCUGACUAUUUUGAGACCAGGUGGGGGGUUCCUCAGUGUGUGGGUGCCAUCGAUGGUUCCCAUAUCCCAAUAAUCGCACCACAGGGAUUCCACACAGACUACUUCAAUAGGAAAGGUUGGCAUUCCAUAAUCCUCCAGGGCAUUGUGGAUGGCAGAGGCAUGUUCUGGAAUGUUAAUUCAGGUCAGCCAGGUAGCUUACAUGAUAUCCGUGUGGUGCGAUUGUCCACAUUUUGGGACUUGGUUGCUCAUGGACAACUGCACCCAACUAGUACAAAGAACAUUGAGGGAGUAAAUGUAGGCUUUUAUGUGCUUGGGGACUCUGCCUAUCCUCUACAGAACUGGCUCCUAAAACCAUUUUCAGAUAACGGUCGUCUCACUGCUGAACAACAGACGUACAACAGGAAAACGUCCAGAGCCAGAACUGUGGUCGAAAAUGCAUUUGGGAGGCUUGAGGGUUGGUGGCGAUGUCUUCUGAAGAGAAACGACAGUGAUGUAGAGCUUCUCAAAUACAUGGUGCUGACCUGUUGUGUGCUUCACAAUAUUUGUGAGAGCCAUGAGGAGGAAUAUGAAUGUGACGCACCUGCUGAUGAACCAGUGGUUCCAAAUAUGCAGAAAGUUGCAGAGGAGGGCAGUGAUGUACGUGAAGCUCUGAUGCGACACUUCAACCGCUGA